AUUAAUUUUUUAUAGUCACGACACUACAGGUCAAGUCAACACCAAUAAUGGGCUGCCGUAACUCUCGUGCUGGAAGAAGAGCAGAUGAAGAGAGUCCUCCUGAUGUCGACCCUAAUUCAUCGGAUCCCAUUCCUUCUUCUUAUCCUGUCAAGAGCAACGGAGAGCAAUCAUCAGAGUCAGAUAAUACCAGCACUUGUUUCACGCCAUUAAUGACUGGUAACGGGGCAAAGCCACUACCAUCUUACCAGUCUAAUGAGAAUAUAGAUACUACACCCGCUGACACUAUACUGGAUAUUGGUGAUGAUGAUAGACGCUCUAACGCUACAAUGGACAGUGGUAAACUGGACGUGCAGAGAGGAGAGAACACUGGUGGUUCUAAGUGUAAUUUAUUUAAUACGGAGCGUGCAGUGUCUAAUAACGAUGUCUCCACGACAAUUGUUGAAGCUGAUAAGCCAACAGUGUCGCCAAGCCCUCCCACUGUUUUAUCACAAGCCACGCCUACAAUAACCCCUCCUCCUAUUACGUACCAAUCUAUUGAAAAGCCGUAUUACAGUUACAAUUCAGUUAUUAAUUGUCGUUAUUCAAUUACGGAGACAAGCGAAUUAUCUGCUGAUCCAGAUCACUAUAAUGAGGACAGGGUGUUCUUUGCUAAAACUGAUGAUGUCAUUGUCAUGGCUGUGUUUGAUGGGCACGAUGGUAACAAAGCUUCUGGUCUGGUUGAACAAUAUCUCUUCAGUAAAUUCAUUAAUCCUGAUGUCCUUGUGGGCCUUCGUUUUGAAACAAAAGCAACACUGUAUGCUUUGAUUGAUGAUGUGGAGCGUGUAUUUUUUCAGAAAAUUAAUGAUUAUAUUGAAGAAAAAAAUGACAUACAAUCAACAUUGCCUAAGGGACUUAACUCUUACCAAGCGUCACUACUGUACCCAGACAAGAUUAACAGAUUGCAAGAGAUAGAGCCAGAGCUGGCUGGAGGGACAACUGCUGUUAUUGCAGUUGUGUUUAAUAAUAAUCUUUAUGUAGCCAAUGUUGGGGACUCAAGAGCUAUUGCAGUUUAUAGGAAACAUUUUGAAAAAUUUAGACAACUAUCAGUUGAUCAUUGUGUUGAUAAUGAAGAUGAGCUUGAGAGACUGAAGGAUCUUGGAUUAGAUAUUGAACAAAUAAAGAGAAAUGGUAGACUAGGAAGUCAUGAAAAUACCAGAAGUAUUGGGGACUAUAACAUCAAAAAGGGAUACAAAGAUGUGGAUAUUUUAAGUUCAGCUACUGGUCCUCCUGGUAUUGCUACUCCAUCAAUAAGUGGUCCUUAUCCUAUUAAUGAUAUUGAAUACAUUUUAUUAAUGUCUGAUGGUGUGUACAAGACAUUAGAGUGUUUAACAGAUCCUCCUACCAGUGAUGUAUAUCCUAGACUACUCCAGUUAAUACAAAAAGCUGAAAAGAGUGCUAAUCUUCAAGAUAUUGCCAGGGAAGUAUUACAAGAUAUUGAAGCAUUACACAAAGAAGCUUAUUAUGACAGUGCAAUGACUGAUCCUAGAUCAACAGUUGCUGUUAACUGCAGAAAACGUGAUGAUAUGACAUUGAUGGUACUUCACUUCUCUUAAAACUUUAUUUCUUGUUUAUUUCUUUGCUGUGUGUGUUUUGAUUAUUAGAGCAUAAUUAUAUUUAAUUAUAAUUUAAAAUUUAA